UGGGGUUUUUGUUAUUGAAAAUGUCUCUGAGGAUCAAAGUGGUGGUGGAUAAGUUUGUGAAGGUGUUAAAGGAGGUUCUAGAUGCAGAUAUUCAGGAUCGAAUUAUGAAGGAGAGAGAGAUGCAAAGCUACAUCGAAGAAAGGGAGCGAGAGGUUGCAGAGAGAGAGGCAGCUUGGAAAGCUGAGCUUUCGCGAAGAGAGGCUGAGAUUGCUCAGCAGGAGGCAAGGUUGAAGAUAGAAAGAGAGAACCUAGAAAAGGAGAAGAGUGUUCUCAUGGGUACGGCAUCAAAUCAAGACAACCAAGAUAGUGCUCUUGAAAUCACUGUUAGCAGGGAGAAGUAUUGCUACCUCAGAUUUUCAAAAGCAAAGGAAUGAGAGUGGAUCCUCUGAUCAAGGAGAAGUAUGUGCAAAGUUAGUGCUCUUUCACCUUUCAUUUAAAGGUAAUGCGGAUUAUGUUAUAUCAUAUUGCGCUGACAAAUUGGUUGCAAUUUAGGGUCUCGAAAUUUUCUUGGGUUCUGUUGUAAUGAUGAAUUGUAAAUUGGAUGGGUUUAUUUCAUUAUUGCUUGGACAGGAAAAUACGCCUUUUUCUCAAUAAAUAUUUUGUUAUUUGUUGUGUAAAAAAUGCUUUCCUCUUUUUGUGUUUCUUUCUAGUUUAUGUACCGUCAUAUUAUAUUUUAUAGAAAAGUCUGAAGUAUAUUAAAUCUAACAAUAGUCUUAAUUGUAUUCUAUUAAAUCUAACAAUAGUUUUAAUUGUAUUUUUUCAUGGAUCAGUUGGAAUGAUCAAUUAGUUCCCUAUGGUAAUGUAACUGGUAAUCUGAUCGGUUCAUUCAAUGGGAAUAUGAUUCAAUUUGUCGCGUGGUAUUGUUACAUUUUUGCAGUGUAGUUAGGUUGUUGUGACCUGUGGAGAUACUCGAGGGAUAUCUUUUCGAGGCUUUUUGACAUUGUUUUGAUUUGUUUCAAGGGAAAGUUUAUUUUAUGGCCAUAGCAUUGCAAAGUCGCACAUAAAACUCACUGCUAAAGAUUAAUGGAUUUCGAUUUGACCUCAUGGGGCAUUUAAUGAAAUGUACCGUGCUUAAAGCUAAAAUUGCUCUCCAUAGUUUGACGACAUCUAAGGAUGCGGUUGAUGGUAGCAAAAUUUAUAUGUGGGGAAGGAUGGGACUUUGGUGAGGUUGCAAAAAAUGCACGUGGAGUAAAUGCUUCACAAUUUAAUCAUGGAGGGAUCGGUAUUGGAGCUUCAAUGAUCGUUAAGUGAUGCUGUAGUUGGUGGAUCUCCAUUUGGACCUCCGCUUCAACAAGGUUUUGUGACAGGUUUGUUCUCAUGUGGUCAAUAUGGACGAUGGCUUGCACGCUGCUGAAGGUGCAACAGUGAGAAUUGUCCCACAUCCAAAAUAUCAAGGGGCUUUCAUGUCUAUAAAAGACGUGAGGACGAGUACAUGACCAGCUCGUAAAUGAAUGGGAUAUGGGAUAAGUUAUUGAACCAAUUCUUCCAGGUAGCUUUCUUCGAGCUCGAGCUAUAGGACUGAUGCCCAUGAUUGACCAGGGUGAGAAGGAUGAAAAGAUAAUUGCAGUGUGUGCGGAUGAUCCAGAAUAUCGACACUACACUAACAUCAAAGAACUCCCUCCUCACCGUCUACAAGAGAUUAGGCGAUUCUUUGACGAACAAACUGCUCCCCUCACAUAGUUUGAAAUUACAGUAAUUCAUUAAAACUGUAUGGUAUGUGAUAGGGGGGGGUUUAUUUCUCUUCUUAUUUAAGUAGGUUUAACAUGUGGUAUGUGCUACAGGGAUCUUUAUGCAACCUACAUCUUGAAAAGCUUGAGACGUUAAUGGACCAUACGAUUGGAUAUCUAUG